CCGUGCCCUUGACGCGACACCUUGCUAUCGCUCGCCAACCUCCGCCAUUGGAGACUCGGGAGUCAGUCGCCUAAAUAUACUUCCUCCGCUGAACCACUUGAAAGCGUUCCUUUCGAGGACUCUUGAAACCAGCAGGACAACAUGGGUGUGAUCAGGAAGCUUCAGUCAAGAGCUAAAGUGAUCAGCUUUAGCGAGGAAUCCGUCAAUUCGCUGGGAAUUAGCCAGCCAGCUACCCCUCCUUCGGAGCCAGAAACGACAGAUGUGCCACCUCCAGCCUUUGUCCCUCAACGCCGCGAUCCUCGUCUGCUUAUUCAGCGGCUGGAGCAGCACCACCAUCAUCAGCGUAGACGCACAGGUGCAAGGAAGACUCGAAGGGCUGACAAUGCUCAAGCUUUGCAAACCUUGGUUGAAGAUGACCAGGAAGGGGUCAGCGAUGAUAUGGACGUUGCACCCAACUCUGAGGGCAUAUUCACCAAGCUCUUCAAUGACUGUGACAAGAUGAGGAUCUGGCAGUACUUCAUUUCUCUGAGUGAGGACAGGCAAGAACAUUAUUUGAAUACCAUUUGUAAAAGGAGAGAAAAUACAAGAAGCAGUGGGAUUGGUGGAGUUUCCUUUACUCAGCGUGUCAAAAACAUUGAAAAGGAGAGGAUGGAAGAGCCGCCAGAGGAAGACGGAUUCACCGUGAUUCCACCAAUGAGUGACUGUCGAAACAUGCAUCCAGCUUAUACCACUGAGCAACGAUUUUGGGAAGUGAAGCCUCAGUUGCGCAAAAUGCUUAAAGGAAGGCAGUUCCCUGUGGGUAUCUUGAAGGACCUGGAAGAUGAAAUUGUUGAAUUGUUCACUGUAGAUCCAACAACAGUGUACAUAACCCAGGAACUCAAUAGUUUCCAGCGCCUUUUAGUCCAUGCCCUCUGCGAGUACAACCUCUUAAGUUCAAAAAGUUCAACAAUGACAAAUGUUCGGCGAACGAAGGUGGAAAAUAAAGCGGAUUGUUUCCAUGCCCCUGAAGUAUCACUCAAUCAAUAUAUCGAAACUUACUAUAAGAGUAAAUAUUAACUGUACAAAAAUGAAAAGCAGAAAAGCAUCCUAAGUUUCCAGAAUAGUCCUUUCUAUGUUUAGAUUGAACUAUGUAUCAGAUGACAGAAAAUAUGAUUGGCAAAGGAGCAAAUUCGUUCAGAAUAUUUCACAAUAAGUACUUUUGGAGGUUUUGAAAUCACUGUAGUUAGAUUAUAUACAUUUUGAUUCAUAGAUGUUCCUGCUUCACACAAAUAAUUUUCAGUGCCUCUCUUAUUUACCUGCUCAAAAAGGCAUCCAGAUUAAAAAUAACUGUGCUUAAUGUUUUCACAUGUUCUCCUAUUUUAUUGUAGGUCUUGAAUUGUUUUCUGCAUAUUCAUAGGGGUUGAAUAUGAUACAGGUUCUGCUUUCAGUAUAAGUUGGCUUAGAAGUUUACAAAAUAUAACUGGUUGUCCUAACUUAUGUCUGAAUGUAUUCUAAUUGGAAGUACACUGAUAGGUUUACAUAGACAUGUAUGUAUGUAUGUCUCCUGCUUAAAGAACAUACUGUGUUAUUACCUACCUAAUUUUGUUGUGUAAACUGUUGACUAACAACUUUUGCCUAAUGUGUUGAAUUAUAAACUAUGUAUUUACUUGUAGUAUUUCAAAAUUUAUUAGCAAGAUUAUAAUUGAUAUGGCUAAAGCUGGUAUGUUGGGGCCUUUAAUUGGCAAAAAAAUAUGCUUUUACCAUGGACCUGAAGGAUUUAUAACCUUUAACACAAAGAGGACCUGAAGACAAGCCUGUCCACUAUGAUUUAAGUGCAUUAACUUUGUUUACACGUAGAUGGCUUUGGAAAUGCCUUGUCACCAAGAAGUCAAGUACUAGGCCUGCAAAAUGUCACGUGAACUGUAUAAAAAAAAAAGUAGCGUCUUUACCUUUAUUCUUGAAUUUAAAAAAAGAGUUUUCAUUAUGAGUACUGUUUGUUUGAGAAAUAACAGUAAUUGUUAUAUUGACAAUGAUAACAGUAAUAGAAUUAAAAACUUAUUUUCCCCCCAAAAAAUUAAAGAAGAGGUUGAACAUGUUGAAGUGAAUUGCUUGUGAAGGCAUCUUGUGUAAACAUAGUUGACAAAUCAAAACUUCAGUGGACAGUGCAUGUUCCCAGCACAUGGGGUGAAAGCCCUAUGAUAUUGGUAUUUUUCAUAUGUUUAAUCAUAUGGUGUAUAUACAAGAGCAUAACUGAAAGCAGUCACACAUAAAAUAACUUCAGUAGAAUGAAUUUAGGAAGCACUAUAUUUGUUACUGCUUAUUAGGGUACAAACAUUACCAUAGAUACAUUUUGCGAAAACAUUGUAAACUGAGACAUCCUGCAUAAUAUACCUUUAAACAUA